AUGGAUCUUUUUGCAUUGAUACUUGUUACUAUUACUGCAGUAACAAUUUGUGGGAUUUGUCUAUUUAUUUUUGUCUGUGCUUUCCAGCCGAAAUUUUUUCCUAAAUUACAUGGAGAACCAAAUAGAAUAUAUGACGAGACUGACUCGAAUGCAACACCGAAUGACAAUGACGAUGACCUGAGUGUAAAAAGUUGCGAGGUCGUCGUUGAAUCAGCUAAUUUAACUCAAGACAGUUCCACACAAUCAAAUGGUCGAGAUAAAAAAGCUUAUUUAAAAUCAUUAGAACGCAGUCUUCGAACGGGUCGACGCAUACAAGAUGAAGAAGAUAAUGAUCAAUCUGAAUCUCGUUCAGGCCCAUUCUAUUUUAUUCGUCGUUUUAUUAAUAAAUAUAUACUUCGACGAACAUCCAAUACCGAUGCAAAUGCAUAA